AUGAGUGACCAAAAGAAGGUGGCGCCGUAUGGGAGAUGGGAUUCAGAGAUCAAGGAAGAGACAGUGGUUAACGAGUCUAUCACGCUGCUCGAUGUCCUUGUAGAUCCAGUUAGAUCGACCAUCUAUCAUAUUGCGCAAAGGGCCGAUGGUACCAAUGUUAUUGUCGACACCAUCGCUAAGAAUGAUGUGAUUGGUCCCAGUUGGGAUGCUACAUCGAAUGUACAGGGUUAUGGAGGUGCACCUGCCAUAGCAUACGACGGUAUUGUCUACUUCUCGAAUGGCGACGAUGGAAGAGUAUAUCGCGUCAACGCCAACUCUGACGUCGAGGCUGUCACUCCCGAAAACCCCGUUCACUACUUUGCCAACUUUGUCGUUUAUCCCCUCGACCCUAGGAUUCUAGUCGCAGUCCUGGAGGAUCAUACCGAUGACGCUCCCAAAAAUGUCAUUACUACUCUUUGCAUCAUCGAUACGACCUCACAGAGUGUUACUCGCCUCGCACUGGACAUCCCAGGAGCAGAUUUUUACGCAUCUCCCUGCUUUUCCCCCGAUGGGAAGAAAAUUGCUUGGCAGCAAUGGAAUUUCCCCGAUAUGCCGUGGGAUGGAUCCAAACUCUACGUCGCAGACUUUGUUCCCAAUCUCCAGACGUACGUCGUUAGCAAUUCGGUGAAGGUGGCUGGGGAAGCAGGUACAGUUUCCGUUACUUAUCCUUCUUGGGCGAACAACACCACGCUGGUGUUCACCAGCGACAAAGAUUCUGGUUUCCAAAACCCAUGGAAGUAUACUAUUGGCGGAAUUGCCGAACUGGCCAUUGAUAAGGCACUGGAGGAGGACUUCGGGUUUCCUGCAUGGGAGCUGGGAUGGUCUCCUUACGCUUUCCUGGAUAAAGAGGGUAACAACGCACUUUUCAUGGCAUAUCGAAACAUUAAGAGUGCGCAAUCGGGACGUAGCGUUUUGUAUAAUGUUAAUAUCAAGGAUAAGACGAUCAGCGAGCUUGUAGAGUGUCCAUAUGCUGACAUCACAAGUAUGCGACGAGCAUCACGAGAUUCGCCUCAGGUGGUUUUUAUAGGAGAAAAGAGCGUUGACGUAGGUGGUGUGACUUUAUGCACCCUGAGCUCGCCAGGUACUACAGAAAGCCCUGUGUAUGAGACUCUGGUCGAGGACACCACUCCUGAUGGGCAUGAGAUUGUGAAGAAGGGAUAUAUAUCUCCUCCCCAGUCGACCACGUUCAAUAAUUCCGGCGGACAAGUGGUGCAGGUGGUCUACUAUGCCCCACACAAUCCUGACUAUUCGGGAUCCAGCAAGCCAGGGGAGAAGCCUCCUUGUAUACUCAAUGUCCAUGGAGGCCCUACCGCGAUGGAACCACAGGCUUUGUCUUGGGAAAAGCAAUAUUACACGAGUAGAGGGUAUGUAUGGCUGGACGUGAAUUACGGGGGUUCAUCCUGUUUUGGCCGUGAAUAUAUAUCUCGGUUAGACGGUGGUUGGGGGGUUCUUGAUGUACAGGACUGCAUCGAUGCCAUUCGCGCUUUGUCCAAGAGCACGCAAUUCCCCAUAGAUGGAAACCGAGCCAUUAUCCGUGGACGUUCGUCGGGAGGCUACGCCACCUUGGCUGCGAUGUCUAUCGUCAAGGACGAGGACCUACAAGUUUUCGCGGCAGGUUCCUCAUACGCCGGGAUAUCCGAUUUGAUCGCGGAUGCGAAGACAACGCACAAGUAUGAGUCGGAAUAUGAUAAUAAGUUGCUCGGAGGUACAUACGAGGAAGAAGAAGCGAAGUAUAUAGCGAGGUCACCAGUGCAUCACGCGAAGAGGAUUAAGCAACCUUUACUUGUCCUGCAGGGCUUGCAAGACGUGGUGGUAUCUCCGGAGCAAGCUGAAUUGAUCGUGAAUGCAAUCACAGAAAAUCAUCCAAAUGAUUAUGCUGAAUAUGUGGAUUAUGUGACGUUCGCGGAUGAGGGACAUCACUUUGAUAAAGCGGUGAACAGGAUAACAUCGAUGAAAGCUGAAAGGGGUUGGUAUGAGAGUAAAGUACUGCCAAUUGAAGGCGCAUGA